AUGGCAAAGGAAGCGGAAAGAAAAGGACCCCUGUGCCAUUAUGCGGUGACCAGCCUGGCAAAGAACAACUUCAGGGUGGUCACCGUAAACAUGUACAAUCCGCACGUGAAGGAUGAAGAAUCAGCAGACGGCGAUGUGCGUCUUUCAGGCGACGCUGCCAGCGUGACGUAUAAUCUAGUGGACGGUUCUUCAGAAACAGCUCGUCAACCACCUCGUACUGUCACAUUGAAAGAUGAAGAGGUGGAGAUAGGAGAUCUGAUUAACACCAGAGAGAAACCAGACUCUCACUCUGACAGCGGGAAGAGUCCUUCAGGGGAACCAGACCCAGAGACGCCCAAACCAGCCAGACAACACCACUGCUCCCACUGUGAAAAGAGUUUUUGCUGGUUAGGGAACCUAAAACUGCAUGAGAGGACACACACAGGAGAAAAACCUUUCCAAUGCUCCCAGUGUGGAAAGAGUUUUGCUGUGUUAGCUAACCUGAAAAGACACGAGAGAAUACACACAGGAGAAAAGCCUUAUCACUGUUCCCAAUGUGGAAUGAGUUUUAAUCAGGAUGGGGACCUAAAAGCUCAUAAGAGGAAACACACAGGAGAAAAGCCUUUCCAAUGUUCCCAGUGUGGAAAGAGGUUUACUAAGAUAGGGCAAUUAAAAGAACAUGAGAGAAUACAUAAAGGAGAAAAGCCAUUCCAAUGUUCCCAUUGUGGAAAGAGUUUUACUCGGAUAGGAAACCUAAAAAAGCAUGCGAGACUACACACAGGAGAAAAGCCUUACCAAUGCUCCCAGUGUGGAAAGAGUUUUGCCGUGUUAGCUAACCUGAAAAGGCAUGAGAGAAUACACACAGGAGAAAAGCCUCAUCACUGUUCCCACUGUGGAAUGAGUUUUACUCAGUUAUGGGACCUUCAAGCUCAUGAGAGGAUACACACAGGAGAAAAGCCUUUCCAAUGUUCCCAGUGUGGAAAGAGUUUUACUCAGAUAGGGCACCUGAAAGCUCACGAGAGGAUACACACAGGAGAAAAGCCUUACCAAUGUUCCCAGUGUGAAAAGAGUUUUACCAUGUUAACUAACCUGAAAAGGCAUGAGAGAAUACAUAGAGGAGAAAAGCGUUUUCUGCUCCCAGUGUAAAAAUAGAUUCUCACGAAUGGCAGAACUUAAAGCUCAUGAGAGGAUACAGAAGAGAAAACCCUUUCCAAUGCUCCCAGUCUGGGAAGAGUUUUACCUGGUCAAGUAGCCUGAAGGAGUAUAAGAGGAUAAACACGGUAAAAGUCCUACCACUGCUGUCUGUGUGGAAGAACAUUCAGAGAACCUGAAAUCAAAUGAGAGAAUAGAAAGAGUGUAUUCUGACUUAUAUUUUUGACUGAGAAUGUGUUUUAUUUAAGGCCACAUGAAAUCAUAUCGUGUAUGGUUACACCUGUCUAUAUAAGGUCUCACAGUUGACAAUGCAUGUCAGAUCAAACACCAAGCAAUGAGGUCAAAUAAAUUG